GGGGUCAAAGUUGACGGGUGGAAGCCGGAAGAAGGCGUCGCUACAGCUGUCUGACUGUUCGUCCACAGAGGGGGUGGAAAAACAAAAAUCAAAGGGGUUCGAAUCGCAGCGGGCUCGCCGCCGCGGACAUUUAGGUGCGCGCUCCACGGGAACAUGGACCUGAGCAGCAUUCUGUCGGAGAUGGAGAGCGACAACGAGGAGGAGACCGAGCGGCGUCUGCGGCAGUACAACCAGGAGAACAGUCGCACCUUCACUUUUGACCAAAAAGAAGAGGACAAGCGAAUCCGGCUGUGUCGGGGUCUGCUCACGGUACUGCGGCGGUCCGUCAGAACCCAGUGUCAGCGGGUCUGCUUGGAGACAUUGCGCAUCCUGUCCCGGGACAAGAGGGUUCUGAGCCCCGUGGCCACGCGUGAAGGCAUGCUGGUGUUGGCCGGGCUGGCAGGUCUCGUGGUUGCCGAGGAGAUGGGCGACACCCCCGGCGAACAGCAGAGGGAAGACGAGGAUGGGAAGGAGGAGGUGUCGGUGGAGGCACUGAAAUGCCUCUGCAAUGUGGUGUUCAACAGCACUGCUGCUCAGCAGGUCGCCGUUGACAUCCAGCUGGCCGGCGGCCUCUGUCGGCGCCUACAGGUCACCCACACCUCCUGCCAUGAGGUGGGCCUCUUCUCCCUACGCCUGCUCUUCCUGCUCUCGGCCCUACAGCCAGACUUGCGCGUUACCUUGCGGCAGGAGCAGCGCGCGAUGAGCCUGCUCACCAGCGUGCUGGAAAAGACCCUAGGUGUGCGCUGGGUGGGGCCCUACGAGGUUGCUGCCCCUGAGCCCUCGACACCGCCAGUCCAGGCUGAGGCAAACGAGCGACUCAUGGAAGUGAUGAAGACCUUGUUCAACCUCACCCUCGCCAACAGCACAGAGGAGGAUGGUGACCAUCACCAGCUACGCCUCAUCUGUGCCAUCAUGCGCCAUGUUUUGAUGCUAAAGACUGAGACAGAGGAGAAAACGGAGGAAGCGCACAGCCAUGCCAUCAAUCUGCUCAGCAACAUGCCCGUGUACUGUCUGGAUGUGCUGAUAGACCUGCCAGUCCGGGGCGGGCUUGAACAGCAUGGUGGGAAGAACAUGGAGGUGGUGCAGGCACUGCUGGACUUCAUGGAGAAGAGGAUAGACAGGGGUGUCAACUACAAAGAGGGACUGACGCCAGUUCUCAGCUUGUUGACGGAGAGCUCCAGGCACCACCGAGAAAUCCGCAGAUUCAUUAAAGCACAGGUGGGCUGCUGCCUGAUCUCUAAGACCCUGCGAAGCUGCCGUUCCACUCACCUUCCACCUGACUUUCCCACUGAAUUCCUGCAGGUUCUGCCUCCGCUGAAAGACGUGAAGAAUCGGCCAGAAGUUGGCACAACCAUCAGGAAUAAACUGGUGCGCCUUAUGACCCAUGUGGACAUGGGUGUGAAGCAGAGCGCUGCAGAGUUCCUGUUCGUCCUCUGCAAAGAAAGUGUGGACAACCUGCUGAAGUACACGGGCUAUGGAAAUGCAGCUGGACUCCUGGCGGCGCGCGGGCUGCUGGCCGGGGGCCGAGGGGAGGGUCAGUACUCUGAAGAUGAAGACUCGGACACAGAGGAAUAUAAGUCGGCUAAGCCCUUUAUAAAUCCCAUAACGGGUCAUGUGGAGGAGCCGAUGCCAAACUCCAUUGAGGAGAUGACUGAGGAGCAGAAGGAAUAUGAAGCUGAGAAGCUGGCCAACAUGUUUGACCAGCUGUCAAGACAACAGGUGAUCAGGCCUAUGGGUGUGAGGCCGGAUGGAACACUGGCGCCCCUAGAGGAAACCAUCAGUCAGUGCACUGUGGAGAGUGAGGAUUCGGACCCAGACUAGCUAGCAGUAGUCUGGUCGGGAUCUUUAGUUCUCAAACAGCCUCCAGCUGUCUACUGCAGCACCGGAUUACAGUGAAGCCUCAAAAAACAGGAGCUACAACUGAAGACAAAAGUACUGUACAUGUAGACAGGUAUAGUAAAUUUGGAUGUUCAACUAUUGCAGGGAAACUGCUUUACAGCAUCACCGUAAAUGUGGCUAUGAUAUUUUAGUCAUGAGAAUGAGAACUUCCUUGUGAGGGAAAACAAAGUACACAAGAAUAUUGAGCCCGUUUGUCCAUUUUCACAGAUUUGUACUUUUAACAUUAACUGGACAUUUGUCUACUUUGAGAAUGUAUUGAUGGAAUGGUGAAUCUGACCUUACAUGUGUGAGGUGGUAACACCUGAUGCAAUCCGGCUUCUGUUUUCUUUUAGAAGCUUCAAUGCAAUCCAACUGUGUGUUAGAAUGCUCACCUAUUGUUUCAGAGGUAGUGUGUACAUUACAGCAUAUAUAAUAUCUGCACUCUACUCGUAGUAGUAUGAGUAGUACUCUUCUAUGCCCUGAAGCUGAGUUUCCAGGAGAAGGACUGAAAUACUGUAUACAGAAGUGCAAUAUACUGUACGUGAUCUUGUGAAGCUGACCUAAAAAAAAUGAGCAGCUGCAGAAAAAUUGGUGAAAUCUAUAAGACUAAAUACCAAAUAAUUUUUAAAGCAUCUAUUGAUGAUUUUACUAAUUAGCCAAUAUUUGUUAAAUUGUAACAGACAAGGUGUGACAUUUAGGAUAAAUGGUUCAGGCCAUGUAAAAUUGCUAUUUUCUAAUUGGUUGGUCUGUCUAAAAUGUGUAUAGGCCACUUUCUGCUCUUUGAUCCUUUCUACACAGGAAAAAUGAGCUUUUUCCUUCAUGCAAUGUCUAUGCCAAUGCAAUUUUUUUUUUUUUUUUUGUAUAAACUUUCAGCCUUUUACUGUUGAUGCUGCAAUCUACUGCUGUAUAUACAUCUUUGAUACUUUGCCUAUAUUGUCCUAUCUUAAAGUCAAUUAGCACCCUGUAUGCUGUUCAGAAAUAAAUGGUAAAGUUUGAGAAGCUUUAGUCCUGCUUUACAUGCAAACUUGUCAAAUUGAUUUAUUAAACAUUAUCUUGGGUGUUUAACCAUGGGCAUCCAUUUCCCUGGCCCCUCAGAAUGAAAUGUAGUAUAGUGGAAUUAACCUUACUCACUCCUUUAACCACUAUGCUACCUGCUGGAGUGGCAGAACUGCCCCUUGAAGAGUGCAGAUUUGAA